CAGGUCCACCACCGCGUGCGUAUAUAAACGCCGGCGACCAAUCAAUCCGGCGAGCCGGAGUCGUCGUCGUCGUCAUCGAGAGCAGCAUCAAACCUCACAGACGGACGGAGAAAACCUCCUCUUCGUCCAAUUGCUCCCCGCGAGCGGCGGCUGCGCGUGCUACCGGGAGCGGCCGGCGAUGGCGGCGGUGCUGCCGGUGGAGGGGCGGAGGAACGUGCUGGUGACGAGCGCGCUGCCGUACGUGAACAACGUGCCGCACCUGGGCAACAUCAUCGGCUGCGUGCUCUCCGCCGACGCCUUCGCCCGCUACUGCCGCCUCCGCGGCCACAACGUCCUCUACGUCUGCGGCACCGACGAGUACGGCACCGCCACCGAGACCAAGGCCAUGGAGGAGGGAUGCUCCCCCGCACAGAUCUGCGACAAGUACCAUGCCAUCCACAAGGAAGUGUAUGAGUGGUUCGGCAUCAGCUUCGACAUCUUCGGCAGGACAUCGACGCCGCAGCAGACCGAGGUUUGCCAAGAUAUCUUCCUCAAGUUACUGGAGAACAGUUGGCUGUCGGAGAACACAAUGCAGCAGCUUUACUGCGAUUCAUGCCAGAGGUUCUUGGCUGAUAGGCUUGUGGAGGGGUACUGCCCCACCGAGGGGUGCAACUAUGACUCUGCCAGGGGGGAUCAAUGCGAGAAGUGCGGAAAAUUGCUGAAUUCAACUGAGCUGAUUGAUCCCAAGUGCAAGGUCUGUGGUAGCACGCCCUGUGUCCGUGACACGGAUCACUUGUUCUUGGAGCUCCCUCUUCUGAAGGAGAAACUGGAGAAGUACAUCGAUGAAACUUCUGUGGCUGGAUCCUGGAGCCAAAAUGCUGUUCAUGCAACAAAUGCUUGGUUGAAGGAAGGGUUGAAGCCUCGUUGUAUCACCAGGGAUCUGAAAUGGGGUGUCCCUGUCCCUCAUGAGAAGUACAAAGACAAGGUGUUCUAUGUCUGGUUUGAUGCACCAAUCGGCUACAUCUCCAUCACGGCAUGCUACACACCUGAGUGGGAGAAAUGGUGGAAGAACCCAGAGAAUGUUGAAUUGUAUCAGUUCAUGGGUAAAGACAAUGUCCCAUUCCAUACGGUUAUGUUUCCCUCCACAUUACUUGGAACUGGAGAAAACUGGACUCUGAUGAAGUCAAUUAGUGUGACAGAGUACCUCAACUAUGAAUCAGGGAAGUUCUCCAAAACUAAGGGCAUUGGAGUCUUUGGCAAUGACGCAAAAUCCACAAAUAUUCCUCCUGAAGUGUGGCGAUACUACUUGCUUACCAAUCGUCCCGAGGCAUCAGAUACAUUGUUCACUUGGACCGAUCUGCAAGCAAAGUGUAACAACGAGCUGCUAAACAAUUUAGGGAACUUCAUCAAUCGAGUGCUGAGCUUUAUCGCAAAACCAGAGGGUAUUGGAUAUGGUUCUGUUGUACCGGACUCACCUGCUGCGGAUUCGCAUACUCUGACUCAGUCAUUAGCAAAGACUAUUGGUAAAUUGAUUGAGCAGUACAUCGAUGCAAUGGACAAAGUCAAAAUAAAACAAGGGUUGAAGAUUGCAAUGGCCAUUUCUAGCGAGGGAAAUGCAUACCUCCAAGAGAGUCAGUUUUGGAAACUUUACAAACAAGAUCCGGCAAGUUGUGCCACUGUGAUGAAAACCUCCGUUGGACUUGUGUACCUCCUGGCCUGUUUGCUGGAGCCUUUCAUGCCGACAUUCUCAAAGGAAGUCCUGCAGCAGCUAAAUCUAUCUCCAGAAGAGCAUCUAUCCUUUUGUGAUGAAAAAGCAGAGAGUGAUAAGGCAAAAAGACCUUGGGAUCUCAUACCAUCAGACCAUAGGAUAGGGAAACCUGCACCUUUAUUUAAGGGAUUGGAAAACGAUGCAGUGAAGGGAUUGAGAGACAAAUUUGCAGGCAGUCAAGCUGAAAGAAAAUUGAGGACUGAAGUUGCUGCACAAUUGGAAGCCACGAACUUAUAAAAGCUAUAUCCACUUCAACUUCUAUGUUUUCAGUUAUCACUAUCCUUAACAAAAGGAAUGUUUGUUUUCUUCAUUUUGCCUUGAAUGAAAAAUGUACAGUGCAGUUACUACUGUUUAAUGAUAAUACAUUACUUGUAAUUCCAAAUAUCAGAUUCUCAAUUGAUUCUAGUUACUGUUGAGUAUUGUACAUAGGCCACAGUCCUGAAAAAAAAUCAGCACUGGAUAAGUGUCAUUGUGUACUGUUCUCUCAAAUAUUUUCAGAAGUACACACCCAA